UCACUAGUUUCAUGAUCUAAUAGGCCAUUGACAGUUUGGGGACUGGAGGGUUUCUGGAGGGGAGCUCUGCUCUUGCCGUUUACCUUUGUGUCUUUUCCUUGUAAGUAUUAUUGGUCUCUUGUGCCCCUGUAUAAGACAUCACAUUUAUUUGUCCCCACCAUUCCCUAAGUCAAUAGAUAAGGGCACACUUUUGAACGGGAGCCCCAGAACCUGUUGAUGUAAAGUGUCUUUUACCUUUUAUGAUUACCAUCGUUAGCACCUCCCUCUUCCCUGGCUCGGUUCCCUGUCAUUUUAAGCAGGCAGCAAUUACAGGUUUGCUAAAGAAGCUGGCUUCUGCUGCCAAGGAUCCUAUUAAUUAUCACUCUAUCUCUAAUUUAGCCUUCCCACUGUUGAGAGAAGGCACAUGUAAGCCUUCUGCUGAGCGGCUGCAAUGGGAUCUCCAUAAUAAUCUUCUUUCUGAGCCAGUUGGGUGGACUCUAUGUUCAGCCAAUGGGCCAGGGUGGCCCUGCAGUUCCGCGGAGCAUCCUGGGGCCUCCAAGCCUCCGUUAAGCUCCUCCAGUAUGACAUCACGCAUCUUGCUACGCCAGCAACUCAUGCGUGAGCAGAUGCAGGAGCAGGAGCGCAGGGAGCAGCAGCAGAAGCUGCAAGCAGCCCAGUUCAUGCAACAGAGAGUGGCCGUGAGUCAGACGCCAGCCAUAAACGUGAGCGUGCCCACCACCCUUCCCUCUGCCACCCAGGUGCCGAUGGAAGUCCUUAAGGUACAGACCCACCUGGAAAACCCCACCAAGUACCACAUACAGCAAGCCCAGAGGCACCAGGUAAAGCAGUACCUUUCUACCACUUUAGCAAAUAAACAUGCCAGCCAAGUCCUGAGCUCGCCAUGUCCAAACCAGCCUGGCGACCAUGCCAUGCCACCAGUGCCGGGGAGCAGCGCACCCAACAGCCCCAUGGCUAUGCUCACUCUUAACUCCAACUGUGAAAAAGAGGCGUUUUAUAAGUUUGAAGAGCAGAGCAGGGCAGAGAGUGAGUGCCCAGGUAUGAACACGCACUCUCGAGCGUCGUGCAUGCAGAUGGAUGAUGUAAUUGAUGACAUCAUCAGCCUGGAGUCGAGUUAUAAUGAAGAAAUCUUGGGCUUGAUGGAUCCAGCCUUGCAAAUGGCAAAUACGUUACCUGUCUCUGGAAACUUGAUUGACCUAUACAGCAACCAGGGCCUGCCACCCCCAGGCCUUACCAUCAGCAACUCUUGUCCAGCCAACCUUCCCAACAUAAAAAGGGAGCUCACAGCGUGUAUUUUCCCCACAGAGUCUGAAGCAAGAGCAUUGGCUAAAGAGAGGCAGAAAAAGGACAAUCACAACCUGAUUGAACGAAGAAGAAGAUUUAACAUAAAUGACCGCAUUAAAGAACUAGGUACUUUGAUUCCCAAGUCAAAUGAUCCGGACAUGAGGUGGAACAAGGGAACCAUUCUAAAGGCCUCCGUGGACUACAUCCGGAAGUUGCAACGGGAGCAGCAACGCGCUAAGGACCUUGAAAACCGGCAGAAGAAGCUGGAACAUGCGAACCGGCACCUACUGCUCAGAGUACAGGAGCUCGAGAUGCAGGCUAGAGCGCAUGGACUUUCCCUUAUCCCAUCCACGGGUCUCUGCUCGCCUGAUCUGGUGAAUCGGAUCAUUAAGCAAGAACCAGUUCUUGAGAACUGCAGCCAGGAACUUGUGCAGCACCAGGCAGACCUGACGUGUACAACGACUCUGGAUCUCACGGACGGUACCAUCACCUUCACCAACAACCUUGGCACAAUGCCAGAGAGCAACCCGGCCUACAGCAUCCCUAGAAAGAUGGGCUCCAACUUGGAAGACAUCCUGAUGGACGAUGCCCUCUCACCUGUUGGUGUCACCGACCCACUGCUAUCGUCAGUGUCCCCAGGAGCUUCAAAGACAAGCAGCCGGAGGAGCAGUAUGAGCGCAGAAGAAACAGAGCAUGCGUGUUAGCGAGCCUGCCUCGCUCUGCCUCCGCCCGAACUGCUU